UAUCGUGCUUCCGAUUUUUUAACGACAAAAGAAGUUCCAUCUUCCGGCUGUAGGCCGUCCAGCGGUUGUAUUUUGUUCUUAAUUUAAACAAAUAAAAAACGCCGAAAGCUCCGUCUAAAUCCCCGACUCGAAGCUCUAAAACUGAGGGACGGGUUUGAUGCGACGCCUCGGUGUUGAAGGAGCGAGCCAUGUCUGUGGUUUUCGACGGGAGUCCAGUGAAAGCGAUGCAGAGCUCUCAUAGCCACACAGGUCGGACUGCUCUGAGUGCCCAGGAACUCUCCCAGGAGAUCAAGUCUUUCAUCAGUGGCGUCGAUGCCCUUCAGGGUCGGAAGCUCAGUGUCAGGGAGCACGCCCGGUGCGCUGUGCGGUUGCUGCGAUCGGUCCCUGCCUGCAGGGGCGCCGUGCUGGAGCAUCUGAGGGGCGUGUAUGAUGAGCACGUGUCCACGUUUCUUCACAACCUGGAGACGGAGGGAAAUGCCAGCUCUGGAGCGUCCUCCAACCUGGAGGACAUCAUUCAGGAGGUUCAUGGCGUCCUGUCAGAGUUCAUCCGUCUCAACCCGCGAGCCUGGGCACCGCUGGUGUCUACCUGGGCUGUGGACCUUCUGGGCCAGCUGAGCAGUAAGCACGCAGGCCGCAGGGUGGCCCCCCACUCCUCCAGCCUCAAUGAGCUGCUGCAGCUCUGGAUGUCCUGCGCUGCCACCAGGUCCCUCAUGGAGGCCUACUCCCAGUGUCUGGCUGCCAUGCUAGCCUGGUGCCCCGACGCCUGCGUUGAUGCACUGCUGGACACAUCGGUUAAACACUCACCUCAUUUUGACUGGGUGGUGGCUCAUAUCGGCUCCGCCUUCCCAGGAACCAUCAUCAGCAGAGUGCUGGCCUGUGGGCUGAAGGACUUCUGCUCCCAUGGGGGCAAGGAUCAGGGACUUCUGGUGGAGAAAGGCAGCAGGGUGCCGAAGAUUGGCUCCGUAGUCGGAAUCCUUGGGCAUCUUGCAGCUCACCACUCUGACAGCAUCAGGAAGGAGCUGCUCAGAAUGUUUCAGGAGAGCUUGACUCCAUCCACCCCUCUUUCUCCCACUUCCUCCUCAACAUCUUGGGAGGCAUCCCCUCAGCUUCGGCGUGCCGCUGUGCCGUUCCUGCUGCAGCUCGCUGCCAUGUCCCCUAACCUGUUUGGUGCUGUGUCUUCAGAGCUGGUGGAGAUGUUGCGCCCUCCGGUCCUGCUCCAGCUGCAGGCUCUGCUGCAGGGCCUCCCCCGAGAGGAGCUGGAUAACAUGCUGGGGCUGGCCGUCCACCUCAUCAGCCAGAGUCCAACAGGGGGUGCCCGGGUGCUCAAAUUCCUGGCAGACACGGCAACACCUGCUUCAGUCAUCAUCUCUGGUCCUACACCAUCUCCUCACGAAGGAGUCAGAGAAGGUUGUGACCGCCUCCUCCAGAUGCUGCUCCUGCAUCUUCACAAACUCGUCUUCAACCGCUCAGAUGGGGCAGAGGUCAGCCCUCUCAGUUCAGCCUCCUCUCAGCCACAGAGGGUCACCCCUUUCCUGGAGGAGCUGCGUUCACAUGUCGGUCAGCUGUGUGCAGAGACACUGCGCUUGGAAAGGAAGCGCCACCUCUGGCUGCAUCAGCUGCUGUGCCUUCUGUCAGUGUACGGGGGUCCUAGCGUAGCCACCGAGACCCUGUGCCAGCUUCUUACCCAGGCCCGAAACCCAGAGGAGUUGGCUCUGGCCUGGCAGCUCCACACAAUGCUUUCCUCCUGCAUGGCUGGGCUUAUUCCUGCCGCAGUGGCUCACUGUGUGGCUCAGAUUCAUACACACACGCUGGGGCCCCGUCAGCUUCGGCAGCUGCUGCUCAACUUGGCUGCCGCCAUCCAGAGCCAGGAUGAAGAAAGGAAAGGAGCAGCAGGAGCUCAUUUUUCCAUGGCCGUCCAGAUUGGCUCAGCGAUCUCUGGACACCUCCACGAUUUUGGCCCUCUUCUCCUCCACGGCAACACAGGUGUGUCUCACGCCGCUGUGCGCCUCCUCUCCUGCAGCCCGCUCCCUCGCACCUCCUCCCCUGCACACCUGCUCCUGCUAUCCCGAGCUGCCGUCACUCAUUUCUUCCUGGCGCUGCGGAGGAGAGGGGACGCAAAGAAGGUGGGCAGAGACGUGGGGCAGACCGGUGAGGCCGUGAGCUGUUCAGUUCUGCUCCUGUCCCGGUUUGCAGCCUACUCCCCUCUCACUCUGAAAGCGAUCCUUCAGCAGCUGGUGGAGGGGGCGCUGCACAAAGGCAACGCUGACCUGUUCGGCGGGCAAAUCGCUGACAUGUCUGGAGCUCCUGUGGCUUCACCGUCUGUGUCCCCUGACCUGGGAGCCUCUCUGCUGGACAUUAACUGUCGGUUCGGUACCACAGUGAAUUUUUCCGGCAGCGUGUGGUCAGUGUUCCAUGCCGGAGUGAUUGGAAAGGGACUAAAGGUUCGCACUGCUGCAAACCUACCUGAUCCAUCAGCAGUCAUCCAGAACAUCCAGACUCUACUGGCUGUUAUAGUCCAGUGCUGCAGUUCGUCCAGCUUCAACGGCUCACAGUCGCCGUCUGAUCCCGACGAGCCGCAACCCAUCAACGCAGAGGCAGCUAAAGUCGUUGCAGUCACGCUGGUGGAAAACGUCUGUCCAGACGUGGCCAACGGGGAGCUGUCCUGGCCCCCUGAGGAGCAUGCCCGCACCACCGUGGAGCGAGACAUAUACAUCAGACGGUGCUUUGAGGCCCAUCCAAUCCUCUUCCCCCUGCUUCAGGUGGUGGCGGCUGGACGCCCGGCUCUUUGCUAUUGCUCAGCUGUGCUCAGAGGCCUCCUGGCCACUCUCCUAUCCCACUGGGAGGGUUCCCGCGAUGCUUUGUCCACUGACUCUCCCUGGCAUCUGCAGGCCUCCUGCCUACUGGUGUCCUGCAUGGGAGAAGGCCAGCUCCUGCCACCUGUGCUGGCCAACGUCCACGAGGCCUUUGCCCAUCUGACUCCGUUCGAGGUGAGGCUCCUGCUCCUGGCUGUGUGGGAAUACGUAAGGGGCAACGGGCCGCUGCCCCAGAAGUUUGUUUUCAGUUCAGACAAAUGCAUGUUCUGCAGGGAUUUCUCACGGGACGGGGAUGUGUCCAGAUAUGUGGCACCGAUCCACAGCGUCCUGCAUAAAAACGUUGACAGACUGGGACACCUGUGCUGGCGGUUUCAGCUCUGAGACCCAGAGGGCGGAUAAACUGUGAAAAACAGCUGAUGCGACAGCGACUGUAAAACAGGAGCAUUGCUGUCAUGACACUUCAAGCAGUGGACUGAAAGUUCAAAAAUGUAGAGCUGUGUGCCGAACUUUGUGUUUAUCUCUUGCAUUAUAUUUUCAGUAUAUCUGGCUUCUGAGAAACCCCUGGGAAAUUGCUCAACUGUGAUAUAUGUUGAUAGAAAAUUAGUUUAUAGUCUUAAUUUGUUAUUUUGGUUCAGAAAAAAACACUUAAAUCUGGUUGUUUUGUUCUGUAAGCAUGCUUUCUAUCUUUUGUUAUACACACAAACGUGUUAAAACCACAUUGCAAAAUAAAUCUCCAUUUAAUCCUAAA